UAAAAUAAUUAAACACCUUUUAUACAUUUAAAAGUUAAUUAUGAAUAAGGGGGAAAUAAUAUAAAAAAUAGUAUUUCAAACAUAAACCACCCCCCAAAACAAUGCCAGCAAUUUGUUUAACAAGUUAAUACACAAAAAAAAAAAAAUACAUAAAAAUUAAUUUUCCUAACAACAAACAGAGUAAAAUAGAUUCCAACUGAACAUGUCCGUGGAAAUUAUACAGCAUUUUUCCUAUCCUCCUACUCUAAUGAAAGGUGCAUGUGAAACAAUAUCAUUGGCCAGUGAUGGAGACGCCUCUAAAUGCGCCGAAAUAUUUGUUACAAACAAUGCCGAUAAAUGGACAUUUUUCUGUGCCUAUUGUCAAAAGGCUUCCUGUGAUAUAGGCGCUUUCAUUUGUCACAUUAGAUUGGAACACUUGAACGUUCAGACAGAUUCGAGCAGUAGCAAUCAGACAACUGAAUUGGAAACAAAUUUCUGUUCACUACCAAAUGAUAAUAAUCUCAUAUUGCCUGUGACAACUAAACAUAACGCAGUUGCUAAUGAUGGUGAACAGCCCAUGCAUAGAAAUUUAAUUAAAGAAGAAUUAGCUAUGGACAGCAAUCAAGAGCAUUUACAAACUAAUUUUGCGGAAGUUUCAAAAAUUGUAGAUAUUACUUUAUUAAUGCAGCCUGAAAGUAAUGAAAUGGAGAACCUACUGGUUAAUAAGAAUUCCACGGCAACAUCAAAUCUUUCAAACGAACUUCAAGACCAAUUCUAUGAAAUAAAUGAAUUCGAAGAUGUGCCUGAAAGUAUGGCAAACAAUGACUUUGACGAUGAUAAUGAGUCAAACACAGUCUCCUGUUAUUCUCUAACUGAUGAUGACACCUAUUUAGAAAGUAAUGAUACCAAUAUAGCCAGUGGCAGUAAGCCGCAUAAAAGAAAAAAGAAAACAACAAAUGCAGCAGACAGUGAGUCAUUGAAACACAAAUGCCCGAUUUGCAAUCGCCAAUUCAAAACUAAAAAAGGCGCUAUACAUCAUAUAUUAUACAAACAUAAGAAAAACAUGAAAUUGCCCAUAAAAUGUAGUAUGUGUCGCAGAGGUUUCAAUACGAAGAGUGGUUUAAAAGCCCACUUAAAAUCUCACGAUGAAAAGUACCAUUUGCAAUGUCCGGUUUGUCCUUCGAAACUUAAUGAGCGCUAUUUUAUUACACAUGUUUUGAUGCACGAAUCCGACACAUGCUUUCCUUGUCAGGUGUGUGGCAAAGUAUAUAACAGUAAUGCCGAACGCAGGCAGCAUUGGGAAACACACGCUAAAGCCAAACCAUUUGAUUGUAAAAUUUGCUAUCGCCGCUAUCGUAAACAACAAUAUCUGACGCGUCAUUUAAAAAUCCACAAUCAAUAUCAGUGUAAUUUCUGUCCGGCUGAAUUCGUUUCAACUAAAACUCAACCAGCUCCCUAUAUGUGUACGAGCUGUGAAAAUGUUCCCGAUAUAAAGCAAAAAGCUGAACAUCUAAGAUCAUUGGCCCAUAAAAAUCAUGUAUUCGAUUCAGAUGAGGAUACCCUUCCAACAUAUAACCCGACAGACGAAGUAGACAACAAACAAAUCUUAGUAUUCAACAAUAACGGCGAUGCGACAAGGGAUGAAUCUUACAAUGACUCAUCUAUACCUGAUUCUUAUUCUCUACACGAGCAAAUUGAUGACGAUAAUGAUGAUGAAUUGCUGUCAAUUGAGGAUGGCUCAGACAUGGAAUUUUUGGAUGAAACCUACGAUAUUGAUAAUAAAGAUGCUGAUGACGACGAUGUGCCUAGUAGUAGCGGCCAACAAAUAUCCCAGUCAGACGGAGACUCAACGCUCAAAUGUUCCUAUUGCGAUACAGUUUUUAAAUCCAAAAAGUCCUUAGCCCCCCAUCUAAAAUGUCAUAUCAAGAAUGAUCAUGCUGAUUUUCCCUACAAAUGUUCUUACUGCAAUAGAGGUUUCAAAUCUAAAUCGGGCAUAAGAUUUCACUAUAAAACUCACAACAAAAAUAAAUACCAAUUCCGAUGUCCCAUUUGUCCAUUUAGUGGCUAUCGCGAAGGUGAUUUCAUUAAUCAUGUAUUGACGCAUGAAACCGAGUCGUGCUUUCCGUGUCAGGUCUGUGCGAAAUUAUUACCCACCAAUGCUGAAAGAGCGAAACAUUGGAAGACUCACCUGAAGGAGAAACCGCAUGGAUGCAAGUAUUGUUAUCGCCGUUUUUCGCUCAAACAUAAUCUACAUCGUCACAUGAAGACACACAUAGAAUAUACGGAAUAAUUGUACAUAUUCUUAAUUGAGAAUUCUCUCAAAUAGUUACACGUACUUUAAACUUAUAUUAUACAGUACUUUAGUUUAUUACUACAAUGUAGUAAUUUCACAACGUUUUGACUUUAUAUAUAAAAGUUGGUUACAUUUUUCAAAAUAUUUUUUUCUUUGUAUGUAAAUAACAACUACUUUAAAACCGACAAUUUUUAUGAAAUUAUGGUAAAUAUGGAAGUAAACUGGAAAAACAAGAGAAAAUAUACGGAGUUGAAAUCGUAGAUUUUAAAACUAACAAGACAUAUUCCAUUGAUUAUCUCAAUUUAACAUACAAAUUUUACAAUUUAUCAUGAUCAAAAUUACCCAUAAAUUGUGUAUACUAUCCAUAGAGAUUAUAUGCAAACUUCACAUUAUUUAAAUUCGUUCAUUAUUAAAAUAAAUGUUUAAUAACCGUUAAAUAUUUUGUGCAAGUAUUUUUGGUUAACUCUGGCAA